CUUCGAGUAUAAUCAGCUUCGAGGCGACCAUUUUCGCGCUACAUACUCUAUUGAACGACUAUCUAUACCAUAUCACAAUCUCAUACAGCUACUCGAGUAGAAAACGCCGUUCCGGAUUGACUUCGAUUGCGAUCGGUUACCAUGACUGGGCGACGUGAUUUCCUAAGCCAGCCGGCGCCAGAGAACUAUGUCGCCGGUUUAGGACGUGGAGCUACGGGCUUCACCACGCGCUCAGAUUUAGGUCCUGCAAGAGAAGGCCCAUCCGAAGAUCAGAUCAAGGAAGCUCUUGCGAAACGAGCUGCGCAACUAGGAUUUAGCGAUGCGGCACCAGCCAAGAAAGAUGAAGAGGAUGAUAACGAUGAACGAUACCAAGAUCCGGAUAACGAAGUCGGUCUCUUCGCCGGUGGAGUUUACGAUAAAGAUGAUGAUGAGGCCGACAGAAUAUACAGAGAGAUAGAUGAGAAGAUGGACAAGCGGCGGAGAGCUAGAAGGGAAGCCCGUGAAAAGGCAGAACAAGAGGAAUACGAGCGCAAGAACCCCAAGAUCCAACAGCAGUUCGCCGACCUGAAAAGAGGACUAGAAAGCGUCACAGAAGAAGAAUGGGCGGCGUUACCCGAGGUUGGUGAUCUUACGGGGAAGAAUAGGCGAAGCAAACAGGCCCGACAGCAACGUUUCUACGCUGUCCCAGAUAGCGUAUUGGCUGCUGCUGGAAGCGCCGGCGAGCUUGGAAGUACCGUCAUGGACGACGGUGGAGCAUCGUCGACGGGUGGUUCGAGUAACCAAGAUGGAACAAUGACAAAUUUCGCCAAAAUCGGACAAGCCAGAGACAAGGUUCUUCAAGUCAGGCUUGACCAAGCCUCACAAAACGGAAGCGCUACAUCGGGAAGUGCCACGAGCGUCGAUCCUAAAGGCUAUUUAACUAGUCUUGCGAAAUCUCAGCUACCAGACAGUGCGGCUCAAGUAGGUGAUAUCAACCGAGUCAGAGAACUACUUGAAUCUGUUACGAAAACCAACCCUGUCAAUGGACCUGGUUGGGUAGCUGCGGCUCGUGUCGAAGAACUUGCCGGUAAAAUAGUCGCGGCUCGAAAUCUUAUAGCGCGAGGCUGCGAGCAUUGCCCCAAGAACGAAGAUGUCUGGCUUGAGAAUAUCCGACUUAACGAGGGACGUAAUGCCAAGAUCAUUGCUGCACAAGCGAUCCAGAAAAACAACCGUUCAGUGCGGUUGUGGAUUGAAGCGAUGAAAUUGGAAGAUGAUUCUAGAUCCAAGAAGCGAGUUAUACGACAUGCUUUAGAUCAUAUUCCCGAAUCAGAGGCGUUAUGGAAAGAAGCGGUAAAUUUGGAGGAAGAGUCAGAUGAUGCCAGGCUACUCUUGGCUAAGGCUACAGAACUUAUCCCAUUGUCGGUAGAUCUGUGGCUGGCUUUGGCUAGACUAGAGACUCCGGAGAAUGCGCAGAAGGUGUUGAACAAGGCACGUAAGCAUUGUCCAACUUCGUAUGAAAUUUGGAUAGCAGCUGCGCGAUUGCAAGAGCAACUUGGCCAAGGAGAAAAGGUCAACGUUAUGAAGCGUGCUGCGCAAGUUCUCGUCAAGGAGUCGGCAAUGCCAAAGCGGGAGCAAUGGAUUGCAGAAGCAGAGAAAUGCGAACAAGAAGGUGCCAUAAUCACAUGCGGCGCUAUCAUUCGGGAAACACUCGGCUAUGGCCUCGACGAGGACGACGAUCGCAAAGAUACUUGGUUAGACGAUGCUCGUGACAGUACUAAUCGCGGCAUGUACGAAACUGCUCGCGCGAUAUACGCAUAUGCGCUUCGAGUAUUCCCUACGAGUAAAACGAUAUGGUUGGCUGCUGCGGAUCUUGAGCGAACGCAUGGCUCGAAAGAGGACCUAUGGCAAGUUUUAGAAAAGGCUGUCAAUGCAGUACCUCGUAGCGAAGUCUUGUGGAUGAUGCUCGCGAAGGAGAAAUGGCAAGCCGGAGAAAUCGACAACGCGCGACGUGUUUUGGCGAGAGCUUUCAAGCAGAAUCCUAACAACGAGGAUAUCUGGCUGGCAGCCGUCAAGCUCGAGGCCGAGAAUGGUCAAAUCGACCAGGCACGAGGUCUUUUGAAGACUGCACGUCAAGAAGCUCCGACCGACCGUGUCUGGAUGAAGAGUGCUGCAUUUGAACGACAAUUAGAUGAUCUCGAUGCAGCACUAGACCUUGUCCAGCAAGCUCUCAACCUCUUCCCUGCCUCGGCUAAACUUUGGAUGAUGAAGGGUCAAAUUUACGAAGACCUAGGUAAGCCGCUUCAGGCUCGCGAAGCAUACAGCACAGGAGUGAAGGCAGUACCGAAAUCCGUACCUCUCUGGCUCCUCUACAGCCGUCUAGAAGAAAAACUAGGCCAACUUCCCAAAGCCCGGUCAGUUCUCGAUCGUGCGCGCCUCGCCGUGCCCAAGUCAGCCGAGCUAUGGUGCGAAUCUGUGCGGGUGGAGAGGCGGGCGCAAAAUACGAAGCAGGCCGAAUCGCUUAUGGAACGGGCACUCCGCGACGUACCGAAGCCGGAACAGGGCGUACUAUGGACCGAAAAGAUAUGGCACCUGACGACACGGCCACAACGCAAGCCCCGCGCUCUCGAAGCUAUCAAGGAGGUGGACAACGACCCGGCACUCUUGACAGCCGUCGGACGCAUCUUCUGGGGCGAGCGCAGACUCGAAAAGGCACAGAACUGGUUCGAGAAGGCGCUGGUCAGAGAUCCGGACCUAGGCGAUAGUUGGGCUUGGUACUAUAAGUUCCUGUUGGAGCACGGGACGGACGAGAAGAGAGAGGAGGUUAUAAGUAAGUGCGUUGGCGUCGAACCGAGGCACGGCGAGGUCUGGCAGGCUAUUGCGAAGGACCCCAGGAAUGCGAGGAGGGGGGUCGAGGAGGUUUUGAAGCUUGUGGCUGCUGAGCUGCAUUAGGGGGUGUUCUGGAAGGAAGAGUGAGUAGGAAAGUUAGUAGCUAGAGGAAAUAUAAC